CAAACGACUGAGCUUCAAAGCCCACAAUUUUGAAUCAAAUUCCAAUCUUUCUGAAUUUCAUGGAUUACGCCGGAUUCUUCUCCUCUGUUUCCGACUUCUCCUCGGAAGCCUCCUUCGGCUCGCCGGAAUCCUGUAAUUUUCUUCCUUUCAAUGAGAAUGACUCAGAGGAAAUGCUUCUGUUUGGGCUGAUCUCCGAGGGCACACGGGAAUCCUCCGACCCCAGUAUCGGAGCGGUGCGAGUGAAGGAAGAGGAGGUCGAUUCUGUCGGCGAAGAUACCCGGAAGAAGGAAAGGCCUUAUAGAGGGGUUCGCCGCCGGCCAUGGGGUAAAUUCGCGGCGGAAAUUAGAGAUUCCACUAGACAUGGGAUAAGGGUAUGGUUGGGGACUUUUGACAGUGCGGAAGCCGCCGCUUUGGCCUACGAUCAAGCCGCGUUUUCGAUGAGGGGUGCUGCCGCAAUUCUAAAUUUUCCCGUGGACAGAGUAAGGGAGUCCCUUAAAGAAAUGAACUUCGGCGGAGGCGAGGCUGCUGAUAGUAUCACCGACGUCGGCGGGUCUCCGGUAAUAGCGUUGAAAAGAAAACACUCGAUCAGAAGGAAAGCCAUUAGCAAAAAGAACAAAGAGAGGGAUUUGAGGAUCCAAAAUGUGAUGGUUUUGGAAGAUUUAGGCGCAGAGUAUUUGGAAGAACUUCUGGGCUCUUCUCAAAAUAGCAUCCCCUGUUCUUUCUAAAUCAAAAUUAUAAUUUCCUGUUAAUAUAUAUAAAAAUAUAUUUGUUUAAUCUCACCAGACAAGAAGAAACAAAAUGCUUCAAAAUGUAAGACCUUGGAGAAGAUGAUCAUAUUGUUUUAUUUUUUUUUUUUUUUUUACUUUUUUACUUUUUUGUGUUGUUGUAAAGCAGGGGGGAGAAGGUGAGUUAUCCUUGUAGCUCUGGAUAGGCUCGACUCAAAUAUCUUUUUUUUUUAUUAUUAUUUUUUCCAAUUUUUAAUUUUAAAUACAAUUAUUAAACGAAUGUUGCCCAAUAAA